UGUAAAAAUUCAAAAUAAAAAAUGAAAUAACAUAACCUUUAAAUAAACGCCGCAGACGCAGUAGAUAAAAAUAACUACCCACGAUAAAAUACAAUUUUACCUUACAUCCCGGUACCUUCACGAUCAUUAAAAAAUGAAGAGUCUACUGAGAAAGUGCAUUACAUUUAGUAAUUUAUCUUUUACUAGGAUUAACACAGUAAGAUUAGCUUCCUCCAAGAGUGAUGCUCAAAAGAAAGAAGAUACCAAGAACGUAGAAGAAAUCAAAAUGAAAACGAAUGUUGUAGUUGAGAAGUAUGGUGCAGUCACAACAUUGAAUAUUGAUCGUCAGAAAACCCGCAACAGUCUUGAUGAAGCAACAUUAAAAGAGAUGACAGAGGCCAUCAAUGCUUUUGACAAAGAUGCAGAGGCAAAGGUUCUGGUGUUCAAUGGAGAAGGAGGAAGUUUCUGCUCAGGGUUUGAUUUGGACGAGGUUGAAGCAAAGGGAUAUAAUACUCUUAUUGAUGCGUCUUCGCGCCUCCGUCGCCGGCCACUGUGUGACAAGCCCACCAUCGCCGCAGUGACGGGCUACGCGGUGGGCGAAGGCUUCGAGCUGGCUCUCGCGUGCGAUCUGCGCAUCGUAGAAGACACUGCUAUCCUCGGAUGUCUUGGAAGGCGAUUUGGUGCACCGCAAAGUUUAUAUGGAGGCAGACGGCUAACAGCGUUAAUCGGCCUAUCUCGCGCUCUGGACUUGCUCAUCACCGGGCGGCCCAUCUCUGGCACUGAUGCCAACGUGAUGGGGUUAGCAUGCAAGCUCACUGCCACUGGCACAGCUCUUGGAGAAUCAAUUAAACUUGCCAAGUCUCUGACCAAGUUCCCACAAAAUGCCUUAAUAAUGGACAAGUUGGCGGCCGUCAACUCUCAGCUGAACCCCAACAGCGAGGAGAGCAUGCGCGAUGAAGCCAUCAUGAACAGCCUCUUAGGAUCUGCCAUUGAGGACCUCAACCAAGGCAUCAAGAAGUUCCAAGGAGGUAUCGGCAAACAUGGCAAGUUUUAUAAACUCACUGAAGUGCCUUUAAAAGAUUGGGAACUAGAAGAAACAUUUGAAGAAGUUACCGUUAAAAUAGAAGAAGAGAAAAAGGAUAAAAAAACUUAGAAUCUAACUAGUUACAGUAUUAAUUCUAGAAUUAGAGGUUGUUUUAAUGGUAACUUUGCUUUAAGUUGUGCAUCAUAAAAUCUAAUUUAAUUUUAUUUAAUAAAAACGAGUAUGAUAUA